CGUAUUAUCAGUCUCUAAACUUGGCGUAACAGGUUUCUCUUCAUUAUGACUUUCGUUUUCAGCUGUUUUGUCCCUCGAAACUAAACAGAAACCUUGCUGCUCUUAAUUGCUGGAUGGGGUGAUGAGAGAUCUGAUAACCUCCAUAGAGGGCGUUGUAUUAGCGUCAAAAAUGGCGACUUCUAAUAUCAAGCUGCCGCGAAGGCUCCCUUUAUUAAUUAUUGAUGGAGUAUUAUUUCCUGGGGCAUCGAUUAGAAUACCUGUAUCUAAUGAAAAAAAUAUGAAUAUGGUUAGAAACCACCUACUUAGUAGAAGUACUUUGAGUAGUGCUAUUAUUGGUGUUGUUCCAAAGGAAGAGCAUCAUCGUUGUGAAGAAGAAAACUCACCUGUAAUGCAUUCCAUUGGUACAGCUGGUAUUGUAAUUCAAGUCACUGGUACCAAUUGGCCUAGGCCAGCAUAUACACUGCUUGUUACAGGUCUUUGUAGAUUUAAAAUUGAACGCAUCACUGAAAAAUCACCUUAUUUAAUUGCUAGUAUUUGUCAGCUAGACAGAUUGCCGGGUGAAGAAAAUGAGUCUGAGGAGUUAAACACUGAAUUAUCAGAUUUGAUGGAACAAUUUAGAGAGCAAGCAAAUAAAUUGAUUGACAUGCUUGAUUUAUCUAUACCUGCUGUUUUAAGAUUAAAGCGCUUACUACAUUCAUUACCAAGUGAAAGUCUCCCUGAUGUAUGUGCUGCUAUUGUAAGAGCUUCUUUCAAUGAAAGGUUGCAGAUAUUGGAUGCAGUAGAUCUUGCUGAAAGAUUUAAAAAAACAUUGCCAUUGUUAGUUAGGCAGAUAGAGGGUCUUCAGAUUUUGCAGAAGACUCAAAAAGAAGAAAUUGUACCUCUUGACAUAACAAAACUUCCAUUUGGAAGAAAUAAAUUGUUUGACUUUGACAAAGGUGGUGAUGAUAUUGCAGCACUAGAGAAGAAAGUGAGGGAUACAGAUAUGCCAGAACAUGCUAAAAAUAUAGCAUUGCAAGAAGUUCAGAGGUUAAAAAGAAUGCCAUUUCACAUGCCUGAUCAUGCUGUUUCAAGAAAUUAUAUUGAUCUGAUGUGUGAAUUACCUUGGAGUAAGGUUUCACCAGAAGUGAUUGACAUUAUGAAAUCUAGGAAAGAUUUGGAUGCUGAUCAUUAUGGCAUGCAGAAACUGAAGAAAAGAGUGCUAGAAUAUUUAGCCGUAAGACAAUUGAAGAAUUCACUGAAGGGUCCCAUAUUAUGUUUUGUUGGCCCACCUGGAGUAGGAAAAACUAGUGUUGGGCGAUCUAUUGCUCAAUCACUUGGAAGAGAAUUUCAUAGAAUUUCUUUAGGUGGUGUCUGUGACCAAGCUGAUAUUCGGGGACAUCGUAAAACAUAUAUUGGAUCAAUGCCUGGAAGAAUCAUUCAAGGAUUAAGGACUGUUGGAGUAAAAAAUCCUGUAUUUCUCUUGGAUGAAGUGGAUAAAUUGACAAAAGGCUUGCAUGGAGAUCCAUCAGCAGCUUUAUUAGAAGUAUUAGACCCUGAACAAAAUUGCACCUUUACUGAUCAUUAUCUUAAUGUUCCAUUUGAUUUAUCUCAAGUUUUAUUUAUAGCAACUGCCAAUACAAUUAGUUCUAUUCCUCCUGCCCUGUUAGACAGAAUGGAAGUUAUAACAGUACCUGGUUAUACACAUGAGGAAAAGGAACACAUUGCUAGAAAUCAUUUACUCCCGAAACAAUUAAAGGAACAUGGUUUGACACCAGAUAUGUUACAAGUGACUGAUGAAGCUAUUCGACUAAUUAUUGUCAAGUAUACUCGAGAGGCAGGUGUCCGUGGUUUGGAGAGAAAAUUAGGGGCCCUGUGUCGUGCUGUGGCAGUUCGAAUUGUGGAAAAAGAAGCUGCUUUACGACCAAAUGAUGAUCAGAUGAAUAUUAAUGAUUCUAAAACUUCAAUCACUCCAAAUGAGGAGGUUCCUGUUAACUGUCAAAAUUUUGCAUUAAGUCCUAUUGCUCCUUUACCAGAGCUACCAUUUAUUUUAGAUGAGGAGGCUGUUUUAGAUAUAUUAGGUACACCUUUAUAUGAAAGUGAGAUCUCUGGCCGAAUAAUCCAACCAGGUGUUGCGAUUGGCUUGGCAUGGACAAGUGCAGGUGGCCAAAUAAUGUAUGUGGAAGCCACUAAAAUUGAUGGAGAUGGUCAAUUAAUACUGACAGGACAAUUAGGAGAAGUAAUGAAAGAGUCUGCACAGCUAGCAUUGAAUUUAGUUCGCUCUCAUUGUCAUGAAUACGGCAUAAGGGUUUCUAGUGGUGCAGAUUUGAUGGAAGGUACCGAUGUGCAUAUUCAUUUUCCUGCAGGAGCAGUCGGCAAAGAUGGUCCUUCAGCUGGUAUAACAAUAUUUACUGCAUUAGUAUCAUUGUUUACAGGACGGAUUGUGAGGUCUGAUGUUGCUAUGAGUGGGGAAAUCACAUUAAGAGGUUUGGUUCUUCCGGUUGGAGGCGUUAAAGAAAAAGUACUUGCUGCACAUAGAACUGGUAUGAGAAGUUGUAUAUUACCUAGUAGAAAUGAAAAAGAUCUUGCUGAUAUACCACAAUCAGUACAGAGUGACAUGAAUUUUUACACAUGCACUCAUGUUAAUGAAGUUCUGCAAGCUGCUUUUGAUGGAGGCUUUCCUGUAUCUCCAAAAAUACCAAGCAAACUUUAAAGAUUUUUUUUUUUUGUGUGAUGUUACAAAAGUUAUGUGACUUAAACUUUGAAAGUAUGAAAACUUUUUCUGUGAUAAUAUUAUACAUAAAAAAAGAUGAUUGGAUCAAUCAUAAUGUUGAGUAUAAUUAAUAUUUAUCAUAUUAUAUACAUUUCCAAUUCUUUAUCAAUCUUUCUUAGUUGGUAUAACUUCUUGAUCAUUUAUGUAAAUUGCUAAUGGUUCGUGUGUAAAAAAAAAACACUAUUUGUAAAUAAAAUAUUUUUAUAUUUA